CACUGUCAAGCUGUGUCAAGUCUGUCAGUUGUAAAAACAAAAGACAACCAUUAAAUAAUAAUGUCGUAACUUGCACAGUCAUUAUCGAUACCUCUUUAAAUGGAAACAGUAGCAAUUUUAAGAGUACAUAUUUGAUACGCGCAUUGUUUUAAACACGGUAAGAAAAUGAACACCUGUGUUUUAUUGGUUUGUUUUGCCUUUUCAAGUUUGGCUUCGUGUACUGCGUUGAAGAGGAACGAAAAGCCAAUUAUUGGUGUCUUGGCUCAAGAGGUACGCACCCCUCAACCGCAGAAGGCCUCUUAUAUUGCCGCAUCGUAUGUCAAGUUCCUGGAGGCUGCUGGCGCGAGGGUUGUCCCUGUGAUGAUUAAUCAGACACUGGAGGAGUACAAAAAGCUAUUUAACUCCAUCAAUGGAAUUCUGUACCCUGGUGGCGGAGUUAGCAUUGUCUCUUCUGGGUAUGCUAACGUUGCAAGGAUUUUUUACAAGCUUGCUAUAGAGGCCACUUCAAGGGGUGACUAUUUCCCAGUAUGGGGCACCUGUCUUGGAUUUGAGGAGCUGACGUACCUGACCAGUGGGGAAAUGCUUCUGUCGCGCACAAACACCAGCGGGGUUGCCUUACCACUCGUUUUCACUAACGAAUCCAGAGAGAGUAGGUUGUUCAAGGAAUUCCCAGCUGAUGUCCUGAAUGCCUUGGCCUCUGAGCCAAUCACUGAAAACUCCCAUAAUUUCAGUCUUACACUGAAGAGAUAUAACCGCAAUAAAGACCUUAGGAAGUUCUACAAAGUUCUAACCACAAACAGUGAUGGAAAAACUGAGUUUGUGUCAACUAUGGAAGCAUAUGAUUUCCCCAUUUAUGGAACACAGUGGCACCCAGAAAAGAAUGCAUAUGAAUGGACUAGGCCAUACAUUCCACACUCCCCAUCGGCCGUGAGAACCACUUUCUUCAUGGGCGAAUUCUUUGUAAAUGAAGCUAGAAAAAACCUUCACAAAUUUGAUGAUGAAGAGGCAGAGAAGAGGUCAUUGAUAUACAACUACAAUCCUGUUUACACUGGAAUCAAGUCUGCCUUUGAACAAUUAUAUUUCUUUUGAUUUUUAUAUAGAGUGAGUUGUCUUCAUAAAGUUCAAUUCAAUAAGUGUAAUGGUAUUUUGUCCACAAUACCUAUUUUUGUAAAUGUAUUUAAAUGUUGUUUGGUGUCUUUUGAUGAACUUUUUUACAAAUAUAUUAAACUGAGGACUAUAGUUGCUGGA